UUGAAGUAGUGGCAGAUUACAGAGAUGACGCUGAGAUUAUACGGAGAUCGUUAUUCACAUCCUUGUCGUGAAGUUAUCAUAUUCUGCAAUUGACUGCAGCAGCAGCAGCAGCGUAUCUCCAUUAUACAAUCUGAAAAUUAGAAAGCGAUUUCUCAAAAAGGAAAAUUUGAAACAGAUGACAUUGAAAUUAUACGUUGAUCGUUUGUCCCAAUCUUGUCGGGAAGUUAUCAUCUUCUGCAAGUUAAAUGGAAUAGAGUUUGAGGAGGUUUACAUACGUCUCUCCAAACGCCAGCAAUUGUCUGCUGAAUAUCGAGAAAUUAACCCUAUCCAGCAAAUACCAGCUAUAAUGGAUGGAAGAUUCAAGCUUUCCGAAAGUCAUGCAAUUCUUAGAUACCUGGCUUGUGCAUUUCCACGGAUUGCAGAUCAUUGGUAUCCAGCUGAUUUAUACAAAAGAGCAAAGGUCGAAUCUGUGUUGGAUUGGCAUCGUACUACCUUCCCCCGCGGUCCAGGUUCAUAUGUCUUUUAUUCUGUUCUUGCUCCUAGUGUUGGGUUGCCUUUGAAUUCAAAAGCAGCAGCAAGAACUGAGAAGAACCUUAUAGCAGCUCUUGCAACGAUAGAGUCUGUUUGGCUCCAGGAAAAAGGACGGUUUUUGCUUGGGAGUAACCAACCUUCAAUUGCAGAUCUUAGCUUAGCGUGCGAGAUUAUGCAACUUGAGGCUCUGGAUGAGAAGGAUCGUGAGCGGAUAUUAGGCCCAUUCAAAAGAGUUCUGAAGUGGCUUGAUGAUACGAAGAAUGUCAUGGAACCUCAUUUCGAAGAAGUACACUUAACGCUCUACAAAGUUAAAGAGAAGUUGCAAAAGCAAAGAAUUACUCAAUCAGGCAGAAAACCUGUCCUGCACUCGAAGAUGUGACAAAGCAGUUAGGAAACCAGACGCUGCAUUAUGCUCACAGCAUUGCGGAUGAUUGUUUCUUGUACACUGUCUAUCUAUUUAAAGCUGAUCAGGAAGAGAAUUCUGGUCCGAGCUUUUCUGCUAUUAUUUUGCUUUAGAUGCUUUCCUUUUCCUCGGUAUUUUCAUCAUCGCUUUUGCACUCUUGUAUUUCCCAAACUUCUUUUUCCCCAGACAUCACACUGGGUUUGUUGUUGUUGUAUUUGUAUUCAUAAAAUAAGUGCACAGUAUGCUAAUCCUGGUGCAUACAAUAUGUAAUCAGGCAAGCUGAGUGUUGCUUAAUAUUGGCAACAGAUAUGUUAUUUCUUCACUGUUUAAAUUA